GUUUCCAUGGUCCGUGGGGUUAUCUGCUUUAUCGCCUUAAUUCCGUGAUAGAAAUUUCUCUUACAUCCCCGAAGCGGCAUGUUUCGCCCUUAUGGCGUGUUAUCCAUGUACCGCUAUUCUCUCGAUUUUCGAUUAUUUACAAGAGUCCUUCCAAGGGUCUCGUUCCGACGCACCUCGUCAAUCUGCGGCCAACCCUCGGCUGACAACAGUUGAUGGCAUUCCCAGGGUGGCUGGAAAAUUCUACAACCGCGCCGAUGGGACGCGUCAUGCGGAAAUUCCCUUGCAUCCCCGAUAACGACGUGGGAUUCUCGAGAUCGCCUAAGAAGGAUCGCUCUUCCAGCCUGCCAGGAGGUACUCGAAAACGCUGCCAGAUCACGGGACAUGAAGAAAAAUGACGCACGUCAAGCGAAGCGUAGACAUUGCCCGUUUUGGAUGAGCUCCCGACAUGAAUUUCGCGUCUCGAGGUGACCCUUCGAAAUCAGAUGUUCGUCCGUCGACUCCUUUAAUCUACUUUGCGCAAUCUGGUAAUUAUAUUAGGCAACCAGAUAAACGUAGUGAUCGACUCGCGACCGCAGAUAAGCCAAGCACAGGACUAAUUAAUAACCCGUUAAUGGUCUCGGGCGCACUCUUUUCACGAUUUUCGUCCCCAAAUAUGUAAUCCGUAGAAUCGGCCGCAUGUGUACGUACAUUUGCGAAAUGAAAACCGACCAGACGAAAAGUGAGCCUCGGCAAAGACUCGACGUCUGUUGACAUUGUGGAACACGUGGACGUGCACCCACGUGGAGCUCGAAUGGGUCGCUCUAGAAGUCUCGAGCGUGAACAAUCCGUGAACAACGUUUGUUCACAGGUGUCUUGGCCGAGUGACGUAUAUCGAAAAUAUCGGCGGUAUGAAUAUAGAUAACGAUAUAUGACGUAUCCUAGGAUCGUCGAAUCGGCUCAUUGGUCGCCGUUCUGUUUUGUCUGCAACCGGAAUGUAUCACCAUAACCGAAAUAAAUCCCGUUUGGCGAUGCUACAUCGUUACAUAACCGUGAGGCACUUAACGGGGAACUAAAAAAAGAUAGGAAAAAGAAAGACGGAGAGAAAAGCAGCCUAGAAAGUCUGCGAAGAUCCAGCUAGUGGUAGUGAUAUAACCAGUUAGCCGAUUCCAGGACUGGGUUCACCUCCUCGCCUUUCUCCGCCAAAUCGAAUUUGCGUACGGUCGCUUUUUUGCAUUGACUUUUAAUUCCAUUUAAAUGACUUUGUCAUAUAUCACCUAUUUUUAUAAAUACGUCCCAUGGGUCUCGUUUCACCCGUGGCGUAGAAUUCCCUCAUUUCUUGACUUAUUUACUUGUGUUUAGGUGACGGAACGAGACACAAGGGAGGCGAUUUUUCAGUUUUGGUUGGAAAACUGCCGAGUUGUAUUAAGAAGAGGGAAUACGUGGCACGUUGUGUCUUGCGGCGAAGAUAGAGACACCCGACGAUAUAGUUGGCGGUGGUAAAUACUCGCAUCCCUUAUCGGCCCUCGUCACGACUGUUUUUAUUGCGGUAUGGCUUGGGGCGAUAGAGAGGAAGAGAGAGAGGAACAGCGAUCGCUCUCCACACGAAGUUGCACUUCGUAUGUGCAUUGUACAUUUCGACUCUGUUCUUUCCAGGCUUGCACCGGGAAAAAGUAUAACAAUUUUCCCCGAGGUAAACGAUUGAUUUAUCGCCAGGGUCUGGGACUCUCAUUUGUUGGGCGCACAAUGGUAACGAGAGAUGAUCCUUCUCGACGACGAGCGAAAUUCAACCGCGAUAUGAGAUACAACGGAGUCGCGUAAUCAGACCGAUUUAUGGAGCAACGAAUUCAUGUGUGCGUGGACAUUACGUUUACACACAGAAGGCGUACGUAAAUUAGCGAUUUGCCUCAGUCGGCUUGACGGCGAGCACAUUCCUCGCCUCGAUGCUCGCCGGAAUCGCUGGGUCCGUAUUCGUGCAUUUUGGAGCACGAUUACGGUUUAUUCCUUUUCUUUUUCUUUUUUUAAAGAAGAGCCGGGAAGUUUGUAAUCCGCGAUUGGCCUUGGUAAGCCAGCUCGAUGGCCGAUACAAGGUAAUGACCCUGGUCACGUUCAGGUGCACAUGUACCCGUUCUUUGCAAUGGUCGGUCGAAUCCACUCGAAAGACGAAAAAAUAAAAAGGCGAUUAUGGA